ACUCUCAUCGCUAGUGUGUUUUCAGCGCCUUUUUUUAUUUAGCGAACAACAAGCGAAGAUUUGCUGGGGAAACAGGAGCCACAGGACACACAGGCAGACAGAGAGCACAGCAGUAUGCCCGCCGGCAUUGUGAAGACCCCCAUCAGCGGCAGGACGAAGGAUGCGGCUGUGCCGGCCAAAUCAGCCGAAAAGACGGCCAGCGGUGGCAAGAAGUUCGUGCAGACGCGUCUGCCCUUCAAGUUAUUAACGCCGGGCGGUGGAUCGGUAUCCACAGCCACACCCUCCUCCUCCUCCUCGUCUCCCGCCACCACUGGCUCGGCGCCCGUCACUGUGAUCCUGGAUGAGGACGAUACCGCUCCCCGCAAGCGAAAGCUGUCGUACGACGAUGAGUCGCCAUCGGAGGGCACUGGCUGCUCCACGGGGCAACUGCGGCGCUCGACCAGCAAGGAGAACCUGGAUCUGGCCAGUUCCAUAGCCACCAAGAAGGUCAAGAUCACGGAUUUGCCACCGGAAGGUGUCAUCGAACUGGAUGACGAUGAGGCCGACAAGGAGACGACGGAUCCGGAUGAUGAGGUGGAGGCCAAGGCGUCCACAGAGGUCAAGUCGAAGCCCAAGAAGCCGGAGGCCAAGAAAGGCUCGCCGGCGCCGAUACAAAUCAAACUGCCUCUGGUCAACAAACGAUCGAAGCGCAGAAAAUCCCUGAAGAAAUCUGGGGAAUCGUUGGACACUUCGGCCACAGAAGUCGGCAAGGGGGACAGCGAGUCCAGCGACGAUAUAGAGAUCAUCGCCGAAGAACUGAACCCACAGAAGAGACAGAAAGUACAAACGCCGCUUGAGAAAUCCUCAGAAAACAGCCCUGAAAACGAGAAACAGGAGAAGGAGGUCAGCCAGAAGAAUGGAAAGGACUCAAAGAAGCAGGCGGAGUCCCAGAAGCCGGGCAAGGAGUCCAAGAGGGAAGAGCCAAAGACCGCAGAGAAAAACAAAAAGAACGACCAGGCCACGAUAGAUAUCUUUAUGGGAAAGAAAGCGGAAAGCAGUAAGAAGGAUAAACCAGAAGCCAAGACCACCGGCAAAGGCAACAAGAAGGAUCAGCCGAUCGCAGAGGAUUCCACACCAAACGAAGAUCCCAAGAAGGACACUCGCAAAAGCGUGGGAAAGCACAAGAAGGAGGAAUCGAAACCAGAUGAAAAGAGCAAGAAAGAAGAGAAUGAAAGCAGCACAACAAAGUCGCAGAAAGAGAAGGCAGACGCACCUGCAAAUAAUCAAAAAGAAGAGCUUGCUGCCGCGAAAAAUCAACAAGUGGGAGCCAAGAAAAAGGCUUCUGAACCAGAAGAUGCAUCGAACUCCCAGAAGGCGGAGACGGCCAAGAAGGAUUCCAAGAAGGACGAGCCAACUACUCACGUUAAAUCGGACAAGGAAUCUCCCGAAGCUGCGGAAAUCUCGGUGAUCCUCUCGACCAGCGAGGACAACAGUUCCAGCAGCGAGCACGAGAUGGAUGUGGACACGGACACCGCGGCCACUGACAGGGCCUCCGGUCAAAAGGAGACGCGCCUGCACAGGAAGAGUCUGCCGGAGGAAACCGGUGCCCCGAAGGGUCUAACGCCCAAACAGCAACGACUCCUGGAGCGAAGGAAAAAGGCUCGCGAGGAGAAGGAGCAGAAGCUGGCGGAGGAGCGUCGCCUUAAGCAGCAGGAGAAGGAGCAUCGCGAGCAGCAAAAGAAGCAGGAGCGCGACGAAAAGGAACAGCAGCGCAAGCUGGAAAAGGAUCAGAAGGAGCAGCAGAAGAAGAUCGAAAAGGAAGAGAAGGAGCGCAAGCGCCAGGCGGAGGUGGACUCCAAGAACGAGGAGAAGCGCAAGCGCAACGAGGCCAAGGAGGAGGUGCAGCGCAAGAAGGACGAGGAGCGCCGCAAGAAGGAGCUGGAGCGUGAGGAGGCCGAGCAAAAGAAGAAGCGUGCCGCCGAGUCCUUCUCCAAGUUCUUUGUGCCCAAGCAGCCCAAGGGCGGCAGCGGUUCCAACAACACAUCCUGCCUGGAGCACGAGCAAAGCAGCUGCGACAGCUCCAAGGCCAGCAGCCAAACGCUGGCCUUUCGACCAUUUCAGGUCAAGGACGACAUGCUGCUGGCGCCCAUUGUGCGCAACUCGCUCGGUCAGGAGCAGCGCUCCCAGCUGGAUGGUCUUUGCCGGCACCGGGACGAGGAAGAUGACGACGAGGAGGAGGAGGAGGACAUCGUCAGGCGGAAGCCGCCGAAUCGGGCUCAUCUAUAUCUCAGCGAGUUGAGCAGCGGUCGGCGCGAACCACUCAAGAUGCAGCGCGAUGCCAAGCUGCAGAGACGCACCAAGGAUGAGGAGGAUGAAGACGAGGUCCAAGUGAUAGAUUACCUAUCCUCUGCGGGACUGCCCAUCGAGGAGGAGCAGCCCAAGCAGCUGACCCGAGUGAGAGCCAAGUAUCUGCACUUUGCCGACAACCGGCGGCCUCCGUACUACGGCACCUGGCGCAAGAAGAGCAGCAGCAUCUCCGCUCGUCGCCCACUGGCCCAGGAUAAGGCGCUGUUCGACUACGAAGUGGACUCCGAUUGCGAGUGGGAGGAGGAGGAGCCGGGCGAGUCGCUGAGCGCCAGCGAGGACGAGAAGGAGCGCGAGUCAGAGGAGGAAUCCGAGGAGGAGUACAACGAAUGGUACGUGCCGCACGGCCAUCUCAGCGACGAAGAGCUGCAAAACGACGGCGACGGAAUGGAAGACGGACACACGCGCGAGGCGCAGAAGGCCAAACUCCAGGUGCUGCAGCAGGAGUUCGCCCAGGAAAUGAAGAAGCAGACGAAGAAGAUCAAGGCGCGCCUACUAGGUCCUGUUUGGCUGGACGAAAAUGGCAACAAGUCGGAGCUAUUCCCGGCAAUCUUCGCCCACACCAUCGACAUGUACGCCUGCUGGCAGCUGGAGCCACUCAGCAUGGAGCCUCCAACCGAACCGGAGCGCGAGGAUCAGACGCCAGAACAGCCGGUGCCGCUGCAGCUGGAUGAUCGCCACAUGCAGCAGCUGGUGCGACUUACCCACGGCAAUCGGAACUCCAAGAUGUUCCUGAUCAACGAGUAUUUAGAGUACCUGAAAACCCAGGCGACCGCCGAGUCCAAUCAAACGAUGCUGCCCUCGAAGGCUGUGCUGCGCGAGAAAAUCGACGAGUUGGCCAGCUGGAAGACCGUGGAGCUGGGCACACCCGAGGCUGCUGCCACCAGUGCCAGCAGCGCCAAAAAGGGCAAGAAACCGAAGAAGCGUCUCUGCUGGGUGGUGGCCAGCGAUAUGCUGGAAAAGUUCCAGCUGCCGGAUCUCCAGCUGCAGAAUCAGUGGAACUACACGUUGACGCCCAAAGUUAGCGAGGGACCCGAUGCAGCGCAGCACGAGCUGAGUCCGCCAGCGGAUGCGGAAGCCGCCGCGGCAUCGCCCGCUGCCAACACGACCACCAACUCGGCACCCACAACGCCCAUCAGUGCACAGGCCCAGGCGGGUCAGGGCGCCAAGAAGCGGGCCACCCUGAUCAUGUCCGUGCCCAGGGAUCAGCCGAUUCCAACGGCCGCCAAGAACAAGCUGAUCAGCCAGUUCCUGCAGCGCCAGAGCGACGCGAGCAAACCCAAGGAGAAGAGGCAGGAGAAGCCGCCGCCCACCGUCGCCGAUGAUGUGGUGAUGCUCUCGGAUUAGGCCUAAGCUAGACCCCUUAAGGAGAUAACCCGCACCCGCCCCCGCUCCCGAAACCACUGCCUCUGCUCUGGUGUUGUGGAUCUUCCUGCUAAGCGAGUAUUUAAAAUAUACAAACAUUUUUUUUGUCGGUAGAUUCAGUCGUAAGUUGAUUUAAAUGUAAAUGUUCCGAUGUACGUUCGACUUGUAUGUCCUCCUCCGCCUAGCCACCCAUCUCCCCACCACCAUUCCCAUUCCCAUCAGGGUCAUCCCUGCCCACCCAGCAUCCACCAUCUCAAUCGUUGAACUGCUAAGAGCUUCAGCGAUGCCAGCAACUCGCACAAUUGCAAUUAGCAUUAAACGAUGGUUCUAUACAUAUAUAGUAUAUAUGCAAUAAUACACUA